CCCUACUUUUCAACUCUUUGUCCCAAGAGGUGGAUGUUGCCUGCAUGCCUGUCGAGCGACCUCGAAGACGACGGCCUCGACACUCUCGACCACCUAGACCUCACCUAAAAGCCACCAGACAUCACCAAAAUGGCGGCCACCCACGCUCCCGUCCCCCCCAAGACCCUCAAGGAGUGGCACACGCCAUCGACCCGCACCGAGGUUAUCCACGAGCUGAUCCACGGCGUCGACCGCUACAACCCCUCCAACCUCCCCUUCAUGGAGGAGUACCUCACGCAGCAGGUCCAGACGGGAACGUACGACCUGCUCGCCAACCUUGCCAUCCUCAAGCUCUACCAGUUCAACCCCCAGCUGAGCAACCCCGACAUCAUCAUCAACAUCCUCAUCAAGGCUCUCUCGGCCACGGUCCACGGCCCAGACUUUGGUGUCUGCCUCGCGCUCCUCCGGGAACCGGCCGCCAUCCUGCACGACAUUGACUCGGAGGACGAGUCGUUCAUCGCCACCGUGCCCUUCCUGCAGAGCUUGCACGAGCUCAUCAGGACAUGUCAGUUCACCAAGUUCUGGUCCGAGUUCAACGGCUCGUCGGACGCCGCCAAGCUGCUCCGCACCAACCCCAACUACUUCCCCCAGCACGGCGACAUUGUCGACACGUUCCGCACGCUGUUCGCGACGUCGAUCGCCGCGUCGUUCCGCCGCGUCCGCUUGAGCCAGCUCGCACGCUGGCUCAGCCUCAAGGACGCCGAGGUGGCCGCGUGGGCCAAGACGGCCGGCUGGGAGAUUGACGGCGACGUUGCUGUUGUCCCCAAGAACGGCGACAACGACGUCAAGGCCGGUGUCGUCAAGGAGAACGUGGAGUUGAAGCAGCUCACCAAGCUGGUCGCUUCCGCUGCUGUCUAGAUCUAGUCGGGCCCAGCUGGCACGAGGAGCAUGUAGGAUGCAUGGCAUUACGACGA